GUUCCUUCCAAGCGCGCACGUGACUGCGCACCGUGCGCGUGCUGUGGUGGGGAAGUGUGCGCCAGCGUGCACUCAAUCUGCCCAGGAGAGUGCGUGUGUGCGUGUGAGCUGUAAAAACUCCUUGCAGGGGAAGUCAUCCUCUGAUUGUGUUCCAGCACACUGCAGCACGAGCCGCUUGGUGUGUUUGAACGAGUGUGUGCACUUAGUUGUGUUGUGUUGUUGCUUCGUUCAGCACCACGGACAGCUCCAGCGUGUCUCACGACCGUGUCAUCAUGUGACGUACGGUACCGCCAGUACCGGUUCUGAACCGUGGCACGUUUGCAUCACUCCCUCUUUCUGUUGGCUUUCAACUGAGUAGAUGUAAGAGAGUGGGCGGAGCUUGUAGUACGUCCAGUCAUGUGACUGUCAACUGUUUCAAGUAUUGAUGCUGAAUGUGUGUGUAGCACUAGCGGCUAACGUAACACACACACACACACACACGCACCCGUUAGUUACGUUUGUUGUCAGCUUCUGAUGGCGAUUUGGCAAAGUUUUGCUCCCAAUGUAAGCUAUGAUCGAACAUGUACUACCCUUUAGCGGCUAAGCUAAUCAUGGCCGAGGUUGUUUCCCUGCCCUCAUCUUCAUCCCCUUACACCUCCUCUUCUUCAGUCUCCUUGUUUAUUCUACGCACACUGGUUUAAAUAUGCCCACUUGUUGGUGCCAGUUGGCGCCGGCUGCGUCCGAGGGACAUAUUGCCUCUCAACAGAAACACCACCCCCUCCCCCCCUCCCUCGGUGAUGGCCACAUAACCCGAAUACGCCAUCUGUGGAGCCAAGUUUCCACGCUGACCCAAACACUUUCAUCUCUCGUCGUCUGUCGCGCUGAGCCAGAGGGUCACGUGACUCCCAUCACGAAGCCGGGACGAUGCUCGUGAAGAUAAGAACCGACCCUGACCGUUCACCCUCGCGCCCUCCAAGCCUGGUCAUCAGCGGAGUGAAAGGAACGAGUUCCUGUGGACGUCCGAGCCGUGCGGGUCAGCUCGCCCUGGAUGCGUGCGUAGAGGUCAGAGGUCAGCCGCACCAGGAAGGAACAAGUGAUGAUGAAGAUGAUGAAGAUGCCACUUGGAAUGUUUGUUACGUCCAUGAAGAUGAGUUCGUUCAGCACGCGGGCGUUGACGCUGCUGUCGUCCGUGUUUGGAGCGUGCGGGCUGCUGCUAGUGGGCGUGGCCGUGUCCACAGACUAUUGGCUGCUGAUGGAGGAGGGCGUGGUCCUGCAGCAGAACCAGACCACCGAGGUCAAGAUGGCGCUGCACUCGGGCCUGUGGCGUGUCUGCUUUGUGGCGGGACCGGAGAAGGGCCGCUGCGUGGCGUCUGAGUACUUCAGCGAGCCUGAGGUUGAGAUCACCACAGAGAACACCGCCAACAUUCUCAAAAUGGUGCGCACGGCCACGCCCUUCCCUGUGGUGUCGCUGCUCUUCGUCUUCAUCGCCUUCGUCAUCAGCACCAUCGGUCACCUCCAGCCUCAGUGGACCAUCCUGGCCUUCGUCUCGGGAAUAUUCUUCAUCCUGUCUGGUCUGAGCCUGGUGGUGGGUCUGGUCUUGUACAUUUCCAGCAUCAAUGAUGAAGUGAUGAAUCGACCCAGGGAGGCCGAGCAGUUCUUCCACUACCGCUACGGCUGGUCCUUCGCCCUCGCCGCCUCCUCCUUCCUGCUCAAAGAGGGUGCAGGCGUGAUGUCGGUGUACCUCUUCAUGAAGCGCUACGCGGAGGAGGAGCUGUACAGGCCGCACCCCGCCCUUUACCGCCCCCGCAUGUCCGACUGCAGCGACUACAGCGGUCAGUUCCUCCAUCCCGACUCGUGGCUCCCCCCCCAGCGCGGCCGCAGCGCCUCCGACGUCUCCUCGGACAUCUCCAUCCAGCUCAACCAAACCACACCCAGUCGGGUCCCGGCCACUCAGGCCACGCCUUCCUCCUCCUCGGGUCCAUCCUCCGCCGCCAGCUACCACCUCCAGCCUGCCUCCUCCUACCCCCACCCCCUCCAUCAGUCGGCCACGUCCACCCUCCCACGGGCGUCUCACACCCACAUGGGCUACCACCUGCCCAUAGCAGCCCCGCCCGCCGCCGUUCUGCCGCCACGGUACCACACGCACAUGCGGCUGAGUGCCUCGCCGUGCUAGUCA